AUGGGACCGGUCACCUCCGCCCUGCGGGACCACAACGUAAACUACCGCUGGGGCUACCCGGCCAAACUUUUAAUUUCUUACCAAGACGCAAUACACCCCGUCAACACAGUGGCGCAAGGUAUCCAGCAGCUGAAAGAAUGGGGACUCCCGAUCCAGAACCUACACCCCACCAAAGCAGCUAAAGUCCCGAGGAUGUCCCCGGAGUGGACAACACAAUGA